ACCACGAAGCUUUAGAGUGCGAAUAGAUUGUAUUGUAAAGAUUCUAAUUCGAGCUGAGGAUAAGGUGAGCUCGCGAGGCAGUGUAUUGGGAAUAUACUACCCUGCAAAGCAUAGAUCUGGUAUAUAUAGUGAAAUAUUCACUGGAAAUUCAUGAUACUUGCAGGGGUGGGAAGGAGAAAGAUGUGAGGACCUAUUUACGAACUUAACGUUCUUUACUGGACCUACUCUGUACUCAGAGACGCAAGGAUGAUGAGGGGUGUCUUCAUUCCAACGAUGAUGAUGAUGAGAUGAUGAUGCUGAGAAAUCAUCUGCCAUUACGGAUAUAAAUAUACACGUCAAGGGAUAUCGACGAUAGAAAAGUGGGCCAAUUGCUCUUGAAUCAAAUCAGUUAUCAAAGACAACAAAUUUAAGAAAAUCGUCAUAAUAUUCAUCCCGUAGAGGCCGGGAUUAUCAACUAUUUUUCAUCAAGGUGGCGAGACAGGAAUACGACUAUACCAGUAUGUCGAUUGCUGGGUUUUCUAUGGCCGAAUCGGUCUACUACGAAGAACCAUACUCAAUUCCUGGACCAUGUAAGACAUGUUGUCUACGAUGUCCAAUACCAAACCUCACGUGUACCAUUAUGUUCCUGUUGGGCGUGGCUGGGUUCUGCGUGGGCGUGGUCCUGGCUACCGAUGAGACGGUCCAAAUCUUUCUCUGGAACAACACACUCAAAGAAACACUGUCAGAUUGGUUACUCUACGUGAAGGUUGGUGUAGCCAUCGGGACUGCCGUCAUGGUAAUCCUCAGUGUGCUCUUCCUAGCUAUGGCUUACCUAGGCACAGGAGCGACUAGGAAGGAGUUCAUCUGCCGCUUCCGAACACGCGCCAAGGGACGAUGCCAGACUGCAGUGGUAAUGACAGUGUCUUACAUACUGCUUCUUAUCUGGCUUGUCAUACUGUUGAUUACGCUGAUCCCAACAUUCUUCUUUAGCGUGCAAGCAGCCGGUAUCUGUAGGUCGGCCAGAGACGGCGAACAGUUACAUCGGUAUUAUUACGAGUGUCUUGAUCUCAGGCAGUGGGGUUUGAUUGAUUACAACCAAGAUGCUGUGGAUUGGGCUGACCCUAGAUUACCAGGAGAGGGCGAAGAGGACUACUUCAUGUGUGAUGAGGAUUUAGACUAUAUGUGCGACAGUGAUGUGCUUAUCUUCUAUGGUCUCACGCUUGCAUCUGCAAUCAUCGUGGUUAUCUCAUUGGUCCACUAUGUGCUUAACUUCUCUGCAAACUACGCCAAAUUGCGUGAUCGUUUCAAGGAUGGUUACGUUGAUAAACGCACUGGUACGUACCUCCAGCGUACAACAAGUCUCCGUGGUAGCAAGCGAUCUUUGGCUGGUACCAGAGCAUCACUGCGAGGUAGCCGUGCCUCAGUUCGAAACCUUGGUGCGUCGGGAAUGUCCAACGGCGCCGUCCUGUCAACUACUUCCGGUUCAACGCUGAAGGGUGGGGCUUACAAGAACGACGGUCUAAAAUCCAGUCGUGAAGACCUCAACAUGCACGAGCUGAGACUUGCCAAUGGUGGAUAUUCUGCAAGUAACUACGCUGGGAGCAACUAUGGUGGUAGCAACUACACAGACAGCAACUAUGGCGGAAGUGUCCUUGGCAGUGGUUUGGUUGGGUCUACUUACGGAGGUGGCGUUAGUGGUCAAGAAUACAAAGGACCGGCGGAAACCAUCGAUGAAAUCCCUGCUCUGAAGGCAGCCUACAUGGAGACCUUUGACAACGAAGGCCAAGAAUCGUACAACCAGCGGGACACAUUCCCCAGUCAGGUGUCCUAUGAAGCCAAUGUCCCUGUGGAUCCGUAUGUCUCUGCGAACAUUAACAACGGCGGGGGCUACGGAAAACCCGAUGCGUACGGGAAAAAGGAUGGAUAUGGCAAUCCGAAUGGCAUUGGAAACAAUAUGUCACAGAAUGCAGAUUCUUACAAUGAAGGUUACGGUUCUAAUCUGGACACUAACUGGGGGUAUACAGGUAAAGAAUACGGCAGCAACAGGCCUCUUGGUUCCAAUGAUAAUGAGAGGGUCAUGCAUAGCAGCUAUAGCGGUAUCAACCAAGGAGCAUCAAAUAGAAACAGUCAAGGUAGUAGCGGUGCUGCAGGUGGGUUUGGAGAACCUUAUGUGACCCUUCAAUCAGAUGAUUCACCUCCAAGAGAUAAACAAGAGUACUUCAUCUGAUUCAGUUGAAUUCCUUGAACAAAUAAACAUUUAAAUGUUAAGCUGCAGGUUACGGGAAGGUUCUGGUAUGUAAGUUUAGAUUGGUCGCCAAGUUAUCUCUUCUUGUGGUGGAGCUAUAUAGUUCUAUUCAAGGAUGAAUUUCAGUACCUCUGACACCAUGACUAUCUGCAUACCAUGAGCAAUCCCUCUUUUUUAAUUCGGAAAAAAAGUAAUUUUCAUACCACAUUUUAUUAAGAUGUAGUUGUGUAGUUAUGUGCAACAUUUUGUCUCUACUUUCACAUUGUCGUUUGUGAUUUUCAACAAUUAGUUUGAUGUAAACAUGUUUAAUAUUGUUGCAAAUAAUUACAUAUUGAUGAGAAAGAUACCUUGAAAUCUGUCUUACUUCAUGGCAGUUUAAUAAUGAUUUCACAUUGUAAUUUUGACAUAUUUCAUGAACUGCUUUUAUCAUUGACAAUGGUUUUUACUCGAGAUGAUAAUUCAAACGUCUGCAGUUGUAAAUAAACAAUAUAGUGUAAUGCUAGCAGUGACGUGAUUUGUCCAUAUCAAAUUCAGGACGUUGCGACACGAUAGCUAUCAAUUGUCUUUCUUCUGACUUUAAUAUCAUGUUCAAGUUUCAUUAGAGUCCAGGGAAAGAAUUUCAUUAUAUUAUACCUUAUUUGUUUUAGUUAAUGUCAAGUGCCUAAUUCAUUGAGACAUGAACAUUGCCAAACAUAUUGAUACGCAAAUAUUUCCUUAAUAAUUUAACUUAAAAUUUAUUCUCUCUCCCAACGGGAAUAGACUUUAUGAUCCAUUUUACAGGUAUUCUCCUAAUUCAUCAAGGAUAUUAUGUCAUUGUGAUGUAUUCAUUAAGUAUAAUAUUUAUUGAUUUGAAGAGAGAAAAGGUUAUUAGUUAAUGUACAUAAUUAUGUUUAAGGUAACGGUGCAAAAAUGCCUAUGCAUUGCGAGAACGUUUGUAAGGUAAUCGUUAUUGAAGGUUUUCUAAUUUUUACAAUUAUAAGGGGAGUCUUAUCAAUUCCACUGAACCAUUGAUUUAAGUCUGUAUGACUGUCGGUUUACGAGAUGAUUCUUAUCUUUUUAUCACUUAUUUAACUAAAUGUGAAAUGUUGUAUGAGUUGUUUUCAAUUUGAAAAUGAUUCACUCGCUAUGUUUAAUGCAGUAUUCUUGACAUGUAUAAUAUAAUGCUGUAUAUUAAAGCUUGAAUGUCCAGCCGACUUUCAUGGUUUCUGCUUAAAGCUAAGAUGUUAAUCUUCAUCUUCAUCUUAAAUAUUUGUGUAAAUGACCUGUUUUGCAGUGUGUUUGUUUCUGUCAUAUCAUUUCUGUAGUGCGAAACGGUAUAAUGUUUUAACUGCAUUUUUAAGUCAUAUGCAGAGGACAUUCCAAAGAUUCCAAACAUUUUGUAUAAUUGUAUUGAAUUAAUAUUAACAUAAUAUAGAUUGGUCUUAUUAGAAUAGGGAGAAAAUGAUGAGUAAUAUAAUAAAAAAAGAGAAACAUUAUCAAGUAAUGUACCAAUGUCAUGCAAUGCUCAUUGUUUAAACAAGAAAUGCCUAUACCAUUCUACCAUGCAUGCAUAAGGCUGUAAACAGCUUUCAAGAUGUGAACAUGCUAAAUCCUAUAUGCCAUGAAGAAUACAAGCAAGACAACUUCGCGAAUUAUACUUUUCGAUCUCUAUUUUUUUGUCUCGUAAAUUCCAUCAUUACCAUUUGCAGAGUAACGCAGUGGCAGGCCCUGAUUAAACAAACAACACAAAUUGUUCAUCUUGCCUUUAGUUCGUUUGAAAAAAGAAGAAGAACGUUUAGGUAUAGUAGUACUCUGUAUGAAUUAUGGGCCAGAGUAACAUGAACUAAAUAUUUUGCAUUGAUUGCUUUUGGUAUUUUUAAAAAAUGUAUUU